AUGGCUGCCAGAUUGUUUAGGAAGGGACUCGACCAUCUUAAAAGUAAAGAAUUUAGGGAUUAUUUACUCAGGUAAGAUUACCCAGUCUCUAAGUUUUCAUCACGUUUUCUUUGUCGUACUAAAUUAAUGUUUUCGUUCUUUUUCAGCACGGUAAGUUCCACCUUGUUUCAGACGUUUAUAUUGUACGAAAUUUUGACCUUCCGGUUGAAGUGGCUUCGCAAUUAAAUUUGAUCUUAUCUGUUUGUUUUCAUGCAUAUGUUACAGCAUUUCUGGGGACCAGGUGAGUGUUGAUUGUUUUACAUCAUGGAAGUUAAACUUAUUUGUCUAAUUUGCCACGAGUGUUACUUUUUGAUUAGGCUCGUGGAAUCGAAUGUUCGGCCCCUCUCUCAAAGGUCGUUUCUCUUGUUUGAGCAUGCAAACGAAAGCCGGCUUUUUUGAUGGAUCAAACUAUACGACAUUUGUUUUUUCAUUUCAUCCAGUCCUCGGGUGUAUACAUCAAUUACAUCACUGCUUGAUUUAUUUAUUUACAACGCAUCAGCUUAGAGGCGGAGGCGGAGAAAAUAACUGUUUUUGCCGGCUGCGUAUGUUCCCGGAUGAAUCGCACAAAUGUAAAUAAUGUCUGGAUUGUAAUUAAAAUCGUAGUGAGAAUCGUAUUUCAAGUGAGUAAAAAUAGCUCUUCUCUGCAAUUGGUUCCACGAAAUACGAACUCCACCUGCAAACCAUUCGAUUUCGACUGAUCUUGGCCUGUGCAUGUUGCAGCCUCGGCGAGAUUUCCGCACAGCCCCUUACUUCAUUAUGCAUACAAUUCUUAGAUAAAGAAAACGAUGGCAAAAACAAUAGGUUGCAUUUGGGAUGAGGGCCGUGCUUUUGAAUAGUAUGGGGUUUUACGGAAAUAUAUCCUUCUGGUGGCUCUCAGCUCAAAACAUCAAAUUGCCUUUUGUUAACUCACUAACAUCUGUGGUUAACCUUGUCGUCAACUUAUCUAGAUAUUUGGUCAACCUACCGAACACCAUUAACUUGGCUGUUUUUCUGGCUUCAUUUACACGAGGGGAACUUAAUUUUGGACCUGUAAUGAAAAGGAAAACAUUUUAUCAAGGCCUGUACAGCCUUCUAUCAUCCUGUGAAGUACAGGGAAAGGCAAUAUUUUUUUAUCAAAUGUGUGUAGGAGAAAACUGUCAAUUAAGUAUGAAUUGCAAUUGGAGAAAAAAGGAUGAACUAAAUGGAUGACAACAUCAUUUAAACAAUGAACUAGGUGUUUAACCAACAUGACUACCACCUCUUUGAAGACACUCUGAUCUCUCAACCACCAAUACUUCUAUUGGUUCUUGUGGACUAAUUUCAGUCUCAAAUGUUGUAGCAGAAGUCCACCCUAUCAGUCAGUUUGAAUAAGUAUCUCUCUGCAGCAGUUUUUUGCAACAAAGUGAAAAGUCAAUGAAUGAGGUUUGGAGAGCUUGGCUUCUGUGGUUAUUGAAUCUUCAACCAACUGAUUCACAGAGACAGGCCAUAUACAGAGUUAAUAUGUGACUAGUGUCUUGCACAUUGUUGAGAUCUGCAGUUGAUAAAGCAUCCUUUAACAAGAUAAUGUAGGAAACUUGAGCUUAGUCAAUAUCCAACUUUAAAGAGAUGUUUAUAGAAGUAUCUUGAUGGCAUUUUAAGAAAAUUGUUCUUGAUAUAAAAAUGUAUGUAUUGAUUUUAUUUUAGUUGCCAACUGGGGUCUGCCUUUGGCUGCCAUGUCUGACAUGAAGAGAGACCCAGAAUAUAUAAGUGGAAAAAUGACAACAGGUAUGGCAGAUUUUGUUGAUGUUGUACUGGUUUCUGGCAGUGCUUAAUUGUGAUCGAGAAAUAAUUUCUCCCAACAAUAUCAAUACAAUAUCAAGCUGACAAGUCAUGAGAAUAAAGAAAAAUAUCAAUUAGGGGAUUAUUAGCUGAUCUGAUACCAAAUUCUCAGAACUUACAUGAAAAGAAUUGUAUGACAGAUGGUAAGGAGAACUACUAAUGAGAUCAUAGAGUGAAAGGGUUGGAUACAUUCUAGUUUGGUUUCCUGUUUGUAAAGCUUACACUACAGAGUAUGGCAACUGUUUCUUCUAAAAAAACUUUUCUAUGACUUAAGAUCUUGUUGAAAAAUCCAUGGAAAAGUUAUCACCUUUUACAGUAAAUUGUGAUGAAAAAAAAAAUCCAUGGAAAAGUUAUCACCUUUUACAGUAAAUUGUGCUUAGAGAAAAAGUCAACUUGGAGAUAAUCAGUGUUGAUUACUGGCAUAACAUAAUUUAACAAAACUUGCAACUCUUUGAUCUGCUUCUUUUGAAUUAUUGAAAAUUGUUCUUGGUAUCUCAUGAGGCUGAGAGGAAACAAACAAAGGGUAUGGAGCAUUUCCUUAGUUUGUGUUCCCUGUGCCUUGCUGUUAAGUUGUUACAUUGAAAGAUGCCAGCCACGGAGUGUAUGACUAUAUAACUUUUUGGUAGUUGAAACAAGGGUUAAUAAUUGGUUGUUAUGUUUCUCCUAGCACUCUGCAUUUACUCCAUGUUAUUUAUGAGGUUUGCAUGGAAGGUUCAACCACGGAAUAUGCUCUUGUUUGCUUGCCACUUUUCAAAUGAAGUCUGUCAGCUUGUUCAGCUUGGAAGAUUUACCAAAUAUAGGUAAAGCUUGUUUAUCACAUGGCUUCUUCCCAUCAGCUCUACAAACUUAACUACCUUAGUAUCUUAGAUCUUGCUGUACUGAUCUGAGGUGUUCAAUUGAGUAGAGGGACUUAGCCUUGCUAUGGAGAUCUCAGGUUUUGUUUUUGGUAACUUGGAUAGGACUUUAUUUUUAUACCAAUAACACUUCAGCUACAGAUACGAAGCUGAAACUUCCUACAUGAACAGAACACAAAAAUUGUCCAUCAAACUUGUGCAGGGUAGUUACUGAGCUCACUAGAGAGGUGGCAAUUAUUUUUAACUUUAUGUGAAGGAUAUUGGUGUAUCUACUAAUACAAGGGAGUCAAAGGUCUUGUAGAACCAGUUGUGGUAGUUGGAAAUGAAAGAGGUCUGCUGCCUUUGUUACUUCCCUGAGGCUGACUAGCAUCUAAUUUCUCCUCACAGAAUUACCACUGAAUCAAACUUAAAAUCAUGAAAAUAAAGAAAAUGGCAGCCAAGUAUAAAAGAACUUGAUUUUUUUAACAAAUUUUCCUUAUGAGUUUCAUAGGAAGUGUCUAAUGAAUGGUGUGGAGAAUAUGAAUACUGAUGUUGGGGUGUAAAGGGUUAAUAUAAAUAUCAAUUAUUCUUUACUUGUAGGCUGGAAGGUGGGCCACAAAAGCACCACAGUGUUGAAGUCAUUCCUUCAAGCUAAACAAAGUCAAUUGUUUCUUAAAGUAUUUUUUCAGGGAGUUUGGUGUAUCAAUAUUUAAUUUCUUUUUAAAACAUGGUGUAAAUAUUAAUACAAUAAUAAUACCAAGUUUUUUUAGCUUUUAAUAAUUCGCUUCUGUGUCAAUUGCACAGAAUACAUUGUAGUUAUUAGGCAUGAUAUAUGUAAUCAUGAAGGGUUUCAGAUGUGAUGUGUAACCGAGUUGCAACAACUUAAAAUAAGUUAAUUUUGAUUGGUCAGGGGACAUUAAAUUAUUGUGAAAUAAUAGGUAAGGACCAUCUACUCAGUGGAGGAAAAGAAUAUGGCUCUCAGUUAUUACUUUACACCAGAUUAUCAAUGAAACUUUGGUGCUCUUUGAUAUUUAAACUAUUUUUGUUUCUUUAUUUUUAGUGGAAAAGUAUCUAUAAUUCCUAGUAGAUUUUUGUGCGAGUGUCUCUCAAAGGCCUAGGAGUUAGUCCAGGGAAGUGUUAUUGAGAUGUUGUGUUUUAUGAUAAAGAAAGGUAUAGCAUGAACCAGGUUUUAGUGUGUGACUUUUAUUGUGAAUAGAUCCAUCUACAGAAUGGCAGGUAACUUAUAUGUGAGUAAAAUAAGGAAAUUUACACCAUCCAAAUGAACAAUAUCUAUUGACAAAAUCUCAAUUUGCAAGGAAAUGUUUUUCAUCAAUAAAAUGCAACAUUUUUCAUGGAAUACUUUUCUGAUUGAUGGCCAUUUUGGAGAGGGAUCUGUGGGAAUUUGUGCUACACUAUGCAAAGCAAUGACCUGAUUCAUUCAGGCUCUCAUCAGUGAUACCUUUGGUGGAGAGUUUUGAUACACAGAAUGUUCUGUUGCUGAGUGAUAUAAUAAAAUUACAGUUCUUUUCAUGUGCAAGCAUGAAAUUAAUACAUUAAUACCUUAUGAUAUUGU